AUGAUGACGAAUCAGAAGAUUACCAGAACCAGUGAUGGAAUUCCCCAAUAUGAUGGAAGUCCAGAACUUCUUCCUCUUUACCGAGAAGAGGCGCUGCAAUACUGGAUGUCCUUUGAACAUCACAAACGAUAUCUUGCUGGACCGAGACUAGUGAAGGAGUUGUCAGGUGUCGCCAAAGUGGCAAUUCGCACACAGACCCUGAAGGAUCCCCAAUGGCUUGCUCACCCUAGGGGCGUGUAUCAGCUGUUGGGGUACUUGGAGCAAACCUUGUCGAAACCGAGUCUCGUUGAGGCUAGCCGUUUUGUCAUGAAGUUCUUCUACAGAGCCAAAGGCGAAACAAUGACUGGCUGGGUGACACGACAUGCCGAAGCUCUUUGGGAAGCGUCACAGGCACUCCGGAAGGUUCAGAGAGAAUAUGGUGGUGAAGGGACUGGGAAAACCCAGAGAGCCAAGGAUGCCUGGGAGUAUGACUAUUACCAGGCUCCCUCUGAGGCUCACUCAGGUCCUUUCCGAGAUGAUGGGAAGCUCGACGAGGAGGACGAGGAGGCUUCUGAUAGCUGGAAGGACUGGGGAAGCUCAUGGCAGGGAGGGUGGUCUGAUAAGACUUGGAAGUCCAAGGCCUAUGACCCCCCAGCCGAUUGGGAUGUCAGCGAUGAGAUCUUCAUCCCUGAGUUCUUGGCGGGCUUCCUUCUUCUCCACCGAUCAGGUCUGGAUGUGAAUGAGAAGGGCAACGUGUUGGCAGCAAUCAGAGGUGAGUUUUCCACCCGGUCAGUGGGUAGAGCUCUACGUGAACAAUGGUCAGACUAUGACUUAGCCAAGCGAGACAAACUCAAGGGUGGCACCGCUCUGAUGGCGGAGGUUGACCACGAUGAUGAGUUGGAGGCACUGCUUGCUGACGACCUGGACCAAGAGUUUGAACUACUGGGUCACGACGAGAAGGAAGCUUUCCUUGUGGAACAAGAACGGAUUGAAGAAGCAUAUGCGGCCAUUCAGCAACAGAAGGCCACUCUCAAGGAAGCUAGGUGGAAGCAACGACAGAUCCGUCUGGGUCGAAACUUUUUCCCCCCGAAGCCAUACGUCAAGGGCAGCAGCUCUACAACAAGUUCGGCUUCCAGUGCUCGACCACCUCUCCAAUGCUUCAAAUGCAAAGGUCCCCACAAGCUGGCUGAUUGCCCUCUUCGUGGCAAGGAAGCCAGGAUCGCCGAGGAGGCGGCUGAGAUUGCCUUUGCGACUUACCCGGAAAAUGUGGAGGCCUACGCUGGGUGGACGGAAGAGGAAUCCCACGUGGUGCAUUCACAAUUCCCACCUUGCAUGGGGGUGAUUGAUUCAGGCGCUACUGCGUCACUGGGAUCUGCUGAGGCUUUGGAGAAGAUCAUGGCACAGAACUUGUUGACCAGUGGCAACAGUCACAUGACCAUUGACACAGACCACAAGCCAGUGUUCAAGUUUGGGAAUGGUGCUCGACGUCAAUGCAUUUCCACUGUCAAGAUGAGAAUGGCAGCAGGAGACAAAGAUGGGAACAUGGAGAUCCAUGUGCACGACACACCCGGGCAGCCUAUCCUAGUAUCAAGAAGGGCACUUAGAUCACUAGGAGCUGUGCUGGACUUCGCAGAGAACAAGAUCACCUACAAGAAAGUGGACCCAAAGGUGGUGGUGGACCUUGAAGAGGAGGUGAUGAAAUCUUGUGAUGAGGAGAAGGAAAAGGAACAGGUGAUCAUGCCAUACACCACCCGUGCCGAGUGGAUUGCCAAACUGGAGAAGGCCGGCACCAAAGUGCCGAAGCACUGGACCAUUCUUCAGAUGCAGGCACACUGGGAGGAGAUCCAAGACCAGGUGGGCCCCACUCCACAGGAGCUCCAAUAUCAACAGUUGAUGAAAGACCUCAAAGUGGCGUCCAAAAAGAAGGCAGAGAUCUCUCAGUAUGUCCAGAAUCUCGGUGGCCAGAUCCGGGGCAACAUGACCAUUGCUCAGCUCUAUGGAAUGGGGGAACAGAUCAUCACCGAACAAUUCCCACCAACGGAGAAGGAGAUCGUGGGCUUUGGACGUCACGGACACAUGACCUACGGGGAGGUGGCGGAAACCGUGCCGGGCUAUUUGGGAUGGGUGAUUACCACUGCCCAGGAGAAUCCGGUCGAGUCAUGCUGGAGACUGCGCCGUUUGGCGGCCUGGGCCCAGCAACACAAGCACGAGAAAGAUAUGACCACCUACAAGAAACCUUUCGACAUCAAGGACAAAGAAGACAAACUCUCAGACAUCAGCCUGUCCAUGGGGAGCUUCACGAAGAUCACCAGCAAGGGCAGCACAACGGGAGCUCAGUCAGAGGCUGUGGGAUCCAAGGACCAAGAGAUUCUGGCCCUGAGGGCACAGAUCGAGCAACUCGAGAAGGAGAAGGAGGAGACAGCUCCCAAGCAUUCCAAGAACCGGAAGGGUCUGCGAUUAGGUGUAGCGAGUGGAAUGGGGGCAACCUUGUUGAACCGUCGCAAUGAACAUCAAAUCCAGAACCUUGAGACCAAACAACAGCAAGCUAGGCUUCAAUACAAGGGUGCCAUGGAAGUAGCAAGAUAUGCCAAACGUCAUGGAACACAAGUGCAUUGGGAAUUUUCUGAGCGAUCCGAAGCAUGGCAUUUACCUGAAGUACAACGAUUCCUGGAAGAGCUUCGAUUAGAAAAGGUGACAUGUCACGGCUGCGCAGUGGGUUUGAGGACCAAGGACAAGACUUUGCAAGAGCUCAACAAGGAGGAGACGGCGAUGCCGGCCGAAGAGGGAAAGGCUGAGGAUGACAUGCGGGAGGUUGAGGACUUUGCAGAGGGGGAGAGAGAGGAGAUCGAGAAGACAAAGAAGAAAUUUCAUUUUCUGAUGCUGGUGGAUGAAGGGAGCCGUUUUAGCGAACAUGGCAUUGAACUCCAACCUAUUCCUGCGGAAGCUCACUGGCAAAUCAGCUUAGUGGAGGGGGCAAUCAAAACCACCAAGGGGAUGAUGGAGACCUUAUCUGCAGAAUAUCCGGAUAUGCCACCUGCUGAACUUCUAGGUGUCCUGAUGAUCAUGAUCACUUAUUUGAAUCCCAACAAGUUCAACCAGUGGGGCCCGAACUUUUGGAUGAUGGGGGAUUUCGAGAAAACCAUCAACUCCGUUGCCGGGCUGAACAAGUGUUUUCAGAAGAACAGGCAAAGAGAAGGUUGGAAAGAGCAGAAAGGUAGGCGCGCCUAUGUCGAUAUUUCACAUGAAACUCCAACUGACGAACAAUGGGAAGCAGCGCAACAAUUUCCUCACCAAGAACCUGGCGGCGAAGAAGCGAUUCCUACAACGCGAAAGGCCAAGAAAACUACACUGGAAAAACCUGAUGGGAAGAAACGAACUGUGGACGCGAGAAAAGGCAAACGCGACAUUGCGACCGUGGAGGACACCACUGUAGGAACUUCAACCAGCAGUAGCAGUAGGGCACGACCUAGGAACACACUCAACGAGUAUGACGAGGAUUUACAUUGUGAAUAUUCUUCUUUCUAUGCUGAAGAACAACAUUGCAAGGCCGUGGAGAUUGAAUGGGACCUUCCCACUUCAAAGAGGGGACUUAGGAAAUUUGUGGAACACCCGGAAGCGUAUGUCGCCUCUCAAAUCAAACGCCGCCAAGUUGAGGUACGCGAACGAACCCUGACACCGGAGGAGGCCAUUCAAUUCACAAAGGCAAAACAUACUGAGGUGAGAAAUUUUAUUGCUGCUGAAUGUUUUGAAAAAGCGAAAAAUGUGAUCCCUGAGGAGGAGAAGGUUUUAGGUAUGCGGUGGCUCCUGACAUGGAAGUAUGAUGAAAAAUAUCAUGAACAAGGAGGUCGCAAGGCAAAAGCAAGGGCAAUCAUUUUGGGUUACCAAGACCCAAGAUACGAGGAGAGGAAAACAUCCGCGCCAACACCUUCAAAAUCAGGGAGACAAUUGUUUUUCCAAUUUUGUGCUUGGAAAAAGCUGAAGUUGGCCAAGGGCGAUGUAUCUGGAGCAUUUCUUCAGGGUAUGGAUUUGGAGGAAGAAAUGUGGUGCCGACCAGUCAAGGAGAUCUGUGACGAACUGGGAGUCAGCGAGGGAACACCACUACUUCUUCGUAAAGACAGCACUGAAGGUAUUUUCAUUGGCAUGACAGACUCCAAAUUGCGACAAGGCCAAGAAACUGAUGAACCUGUACGACAAGAUGAACAGGGCAACACCGGUGAUUAA